AUGGGAACCGGGGAAACGGCUACCGUAUACGCAGCUGCGUUACGAGGCAUCGAAAUGGCACUCGAAAUUAUCCAAGAAAGAAACUCCGCUGGAUACCAGCACAUGAAGGUAUUCCCGGCAACGAAGCUGCGGACGAGACCGCAAAGAAGCAACAACUGGCCCAGAAAAGACCACACACAACCGUUAUAUCCGACUGACCGCCGCGGCGAGGAGGGGUAUCAAAACGAAAAUCGUAUGGGAAGCAUCGUGGAAGAGGGGAGGAAGGACCGCGAGGAGGACAAUGAGGCCGAUCGAGACACCGAAAAAGGCGAAUUUAGUAUACUGGAAAGGUCUACGGUAUUAAUCCAGCUCCGUGCCGGGAUCAUCAGUCCGGCAGGCUACCUGGCGAAGAUCAGGAGAAAGGAGUCACCUCGCUGUCUGCUGGAGGAACAGUGGUCCGCGAUGAUAGAGGAAUUGUACGAAGUAGGAGUUUCAACAGCGCUCGGGGAGGAUGAAAUGCUGAAGGAACCAGAGGCAGCACCAAUCGUGGCGAAGUUUAUGAUCGCGAUAGGGACCCUGGGACAGUUUCAGUCAGUGGACUUGGUCGCCAUGGGCAUUGCGAGUGCCGGAGAACAAGGACGCACCAUGCAGCUGCUAGACAGGUCUGUCGAAGCCGCCUCACCCCAAUGCAUAUUCCGACCGGCCGAUGCCGACGACGAGGAAGACAACGAAGCAUGGCAUACAACAAAACAUGGCAUCAUGAUCCGAACCUGUUUGUACGACGCGCCGGCAAUGGACAUAGAUGCACAGGACUGGCGGACCUGGUGA